CAAUAUACAAAGUAGCACCACAUAAACCAAGUUUCUGGCUUUGCAGCUGAGGCACCCAGUCGUUCUGAACCAGAGGAGUGUCAUCACAGAUAUCCGACCUCGACCAUCUUCUCUGCGUUCAACCUGUUCAAAUCAUCGCCUAAAUUUUUGUUUCAACUUCCCGACUCUAUUCUUGUAUCAUUUUCCAACUGCUACUCAUUGUUGUUGUAAUUUGGUAAAAUUGACCUCUCAUGUCAACAAGAAUGGAGGCUACGGUUACGCAGCACUUCCACUUUUCUCCAUGGAUCCAUUCGAGCAGUAUUGUUGCAAAGCCCAAGGGUUCGCUACAAUUUUCUCGGCGAUUCGCGGAGCAGCACAUCUUGCGGGUGCCAUUUUCAUUCAAUUUACAAUUGUCGAGGCCUUCAGCUCGUCGCAGAACAGUUGCAUUGAACAUUGCCUGCUCUUACGAUAACUCUACAGCGUUGGAAUCUGGAAACCAUUUUGCUUCUUUUGAUGAAUCUUUGGCUAUACAGAGGAAGUGCCGGGAGAUUGAGUCAUAUUUAAAUGGGCGCUGUAUAUAUCUUGUUGGAAUGAUGGGCUCGGGAAAAACGACUGUGGGGAAUGUCCUGUCCAAUGCACUUGGUUACUCCUUUGCUGAUAGUGAUUCAUUGGUUGAAGAAGACGUUGGAAUUUCUGUAGCUGAAAUUUUCAAGGUCUAUGGGGAGGACUUCUUUAGAGAAAAAGAGACGGAGGCAUUGAGGAAGUUAUCUUUGAUGCAUCAGUUUGUUAUUUCCACAGGCGGAGGUGUCGUUACAAGAACGAUAAACUGGAAACAUAUGAAUAAAGGGAUCAGUGUCUGGUUGGAUGUGCCUUUGGAAGCCUUGGUUAAGAGGAUUUCAGCUGUAGGAACCAGUUCUCGCCCCCUUUUGCAUCAUGAUUCAACUGAUGCAUACUCAAAAACCGUCAUCCGUUUAUCUACUCUCCUAGAAGAGAGGGGUGAAGCAUAUGCCAAAGCUGAAGUGAGAGUUUCCUGCCGAAAACUUGCAGCGAAACUGGGCACUAAAGAAGUAUGUAAUGUCACACCUAUGGCCAUAGCAAUCGAGGUAGUGGAACAAAUCAGCAUCUUUUUGGAGAGAGAAAAUGGUUCUUGUGCAUUUUGACAACCACAAAAACAAUAGUUAUUCAGGUGCAAUUACAAAUUCGAUUUUUCAUUAUUUAUGGAGAAUAUUCUCUAUCAAAGCUUGAUUCAUCCAUCCCAAGUCUUGACCCAUAUUUCUUAAUCUCGCAAAAGGGUUUGAUCAUUUAGUGUAGUGAAUCAUAGAAAAUGUAUCACGUUUCUUAGUUCCAUGUUUCUUAUAAAUGUGGUUAUGUCAUUCAAUUAAGUU